AGUGAGCCCACCCAACACAAUUAAACCUUUGUAUUUUUAACGAAAUAGCCGCCACAUUUGACCCUUCUCCUUGACUAAGUGAUCAAGAGAAUAAUAGUCUUACCAUUAUUAUUUUAUUGUCAACAUAACUCACUAACAAGAACUGUUUCUAACCCUCCAUUAAGUUGUAGUUAACCUCCACCUCCUCCUCCUCAAAAAACAUUCUGAUGAAACCAUGAGAAGCACACUUUUAGCAUGAAAAACAAAAAGAGUUAAAGAUCCUUUUCUUACUUAACAAUUAAUGGAUAAACUUAUCCACAUAAUAUUUUGCUUCUGUUUAACUAUUUUGCCACAAAUAUCACACUGUGAAACACAACAAGCUCACAACUAUUCCAUUUGUAGAGAACUAUCAUACAACUGUGGAAAACUCUCCAACAUCUCUUAUCCAUUUUGGGGACAUAACCGUCCUUCUCAUUGCGGCGGCGGCGACUUCUUUAAUCUCAACUGCUUCAUUGAUCAAAACAAAAAUGAAACUACUACAAUUCUAUUAGGCUCACAAAAUUUCACAGUACUUAGUAUUGAUCUUCAAACUUAUACCAUGAAAAUGAAGCGAACCGAUCUUUCAUUCGAUGCUUGUGCGCCGCAAUUCAACGACACUUAUUUGAGUCCAACUAUGUUCAAGUUUCCUACAAGAACAAAGAACAUAAGCAUAUUCUAUAAUUGUUCAUAUGAUGUAAUAUCUUAUGUUAAUGACUACCAAUCUUUGUGUGGAUCUCAGAAUAUUGCUAUAUGUUUUGAGGAUUCAGAAGGUAAGUUAUUGGAAAUAAUUCCAAUGUUAAAGGGGUGUGGAAGACAUAUCACAGUACAAGCAGAUUAUGCUUUUGAACCUGCUACUUUUCUUGGGGUAAUUGGAAAUGAUGAUCUUGAUCAAAUUUUAGAUGAGGGGUUUCAGGUGAAGUAUGUUGUGAAUGAGGAGUGUAUAAGAUGCUUGGGAAGUGAAGGGUAUUGUUGGAAUAAUACUAAUUUUGAUAAUGUUCAAUCUUGCUAUUAUGUUUAUUGUCCUCAUGGUUAUGCUUCCUCUGCCACACAAUGUUCUGUUAUUAAAACAGGUGUCCAGUUGAGAAGGCAAGAGAAAAUGAAAAUCAUUAUAGGAAGUGCAGGUGCAGCAUUUGUAGGAUUAUUAAUAUGUAUCACUAUCUUUUGUUUCAAAUACAAGUCAACAAAAAAUAACCAAGACAUUGAAGCAUUCUUAAAAACUCAUGAAGCCUUUACUCUAAGAAGAUACAAAUUCUCACAUAUCAAGAAAAUGACCAACAACUUCAAAGUCAAACUAGGAGAAGGUGGUUAUGGUGCUGUAUACAAAGGAAAGCUACUCAAUGAUUGCCCUGUCGCUGUGAAGCUAUUGAAGGCAUCCAAAGGAAAUGGUGAAGAUUUUAUGAAUGAGGUUUCUAGCAUCACUAAAACCUCUCAUGUUAAUGUUGUUGCUCUUCUUGGAUUUUGUUUUGAAGGACGGAAAAAAGCUCUCAUCUAUGAAUUAAUGUCCAAUGGUUCGCUCGACAAAUUUAUUCACAAUAAGGGACUUGAAACUAUUGGAGCGUCGUUGAGUUUGGAGAUUCUUUAUCAAAUUGCUAAAGGAAUAGCUCGAGGGCUAGAGUACUUGCAUAGAGGAUGUAGUACUCGAAUUCUACAUUUUGACAUCAAACCACAUAAUAUUCUCUUGGAUGAGAAUUUUUGUCCAAAGAUAUCAGAUUUUGGACUAUCAAGACUUUGCACAAAGAAAGAGAGCAUUAUUUCCAUGUCAAACGCUAGAGGCACAAUAGGAUAUGUAGCACCUGAACUAUGGAAUAGAAAUUUUGGAGGAGUUUCACAUAAGUCUGAUGUUUAUAGUUACGGAAUGAUGUUGUUGGAAAUGGUGGGAGGGAGGAAAAACCUUAAUGUUGAUGCAAGUCACACAAGUGAGAUAUACUUUCCUCAUUGGAUAUACAAGAAGCUUGAUCAAGGAAAUGAUUUGAGAUCAAAUGAAGUGAUUGCCAUAGAAGAAGAAGAUGAGAUUGCAAGAAGAAUGACUAUUGUGGGUUUGUGGUGCAUUCAAACAUUUCCAAAUGAUAGACCUUCAAUGAGUAAAGUGAUUGAAAUGUUAGAGGGCAACAUGAACUCCUUGGAAAUACCACCAAAGCCUAUGCUUUCUUCUCCUACUAGAACAGUACCAGAAUCUUCAGUUUCAUGAUAUCUGUGAGGUUAUAGUUCUUCUCCUAUGCUUUCUUCUCCUAUAGAUCAAAGGUUUUUGUUGUGAAUAAGAUGUUUGGGAAGUGAAAGAUACUAUUGGAAUGAUAGUGAUUUUGAUAGUGUAUAUUUGUAUACUUUAUGUUGUAUAACUCCUAAAUUAAAUAUAUUUUACAAUGUUUUAUGACAUUCAUUAACACACUCAAUAAUUAAUAAGAAUAAAUUUAUUUGUCAGA